AUGCUCUCCUCAAGUGCCGCACAGAGUGCUCUGUGUCACGGGAGUGGAGCCUUGGUCGAGGAUGAAGCUUCUGCCGGCCAACAAAAUGUCCAGCUCAAGGAACUGGACUCUCCGCUGCGUUCGGCUGUAACUGCAUCGCAUCCCGAACUGGUGCAGCGCUUGCUUCGUGGCCGAGCAGAUGUGAACGGAAAGGACACUCGAGGCGUGACCCCGCUUCAUCUGGCCGUCUUCAAGGGGCGACAGCACAUCGUCAACCUGUUGUUGAGCGCUGCGGCUGAUGCAAAUGCGCGAGACUGUCAUGGCCAAUCUCCAAUAUUUUUUGCCCCUUCGCGGCAAAUCUGCGAGACGCUGAUGGCAAGGAGUGCAGAUUUGAGCCUUGUGAACAUCCGGAAUCAGACCCCUCUUCAUUUGCUUGCUCGAGCAGGACAGGAGUCGGAUUGA